AUGCCUAAACUUAUGGAUAUCAGAAAGUUACGAAAAGAAAAAGCUAAAAUAGCUUGCUCUGCACAUACAAAAUAUUUACUUAUUGACCUUAAUUCAAGUAGCGAAAAUUCAAGUGAAAGCCCAGAUGACGAUUUAUUGGACCUAGAUAAUUAUGAUGAAAAUUCAAGCAUCAAUGAGGAAUUGAGCAAGGAAUUGAGCAAAGAAUUAAGCAAGAAAAAAAAGAAAAUCUGCAGUACAAUUGAAUUUGUGAAUAAAAUAAUGAGCGAAAAAAUACUUUCAAAAGUAGAAAAAGCUUGUUAUUUGUCAGUUCUUAAUUUUUUUUGGUUACUUCUAAAAGGUCAAAAAAAAUUGAAGGCAGCAAAAGCAGUUACAGAUAUAGUUGAUAGUGGUUCAUGGCUUGGGAGAUGUAUCAGAGAGUGGGCAAAUAAAUGUAUAAAGAAGGAAUUAAUUGAACUGGACCUUUGA